CUCUUGUGGAAAAUAUUCCUGAAGGGAUCAACUAUUCAGACAGUGCACCAUCCCACUUGUCUCUUUUCCAAGGCUGGAUGAAUUUGCUUAAUAUGGCUGAAAAGUCUGUUGACAUAGUAUCUUCCCAGUGGGACCUCAAUCACAGUCAUCCAUCAGCAUGCCAGGGUCAACGUCUUUUUGAAAAAUUGCUUGAACUGGCAUCCCGAAAUAUUGAGAUAAAACUAGUGAGUGACAUACUGCCUGUGGAAUCAAAAGUAUUAAAUGACCUGAAAUCAAAGGGAGCUGAAGUGCUAUAUAUGAACAUGUCAGCAUAUAAUGAAGGACGCCUUCAGUCAUCUUUCUGGAUUGUUGAUAAACAGCAUGUGUACAUUGGAAGUGCAAGCCUGGACUGGAGAUCAUUGGGACAGAUGAAAGAACUUGGUGUCAUCGUGUACAACUGCAGCUGCCUGGUCCUGGAUUUACAAAGGAUAUUUGCCCUGUACAGUUCAUUAAAAUACAAGAAUAAAAUACCUCCAAGUUGGUCUAAGAGACUCUACGGGGUGUACGAUACUCAAAACAAACUGACGCUGCAGCUGAAUGAGACAAAAUCAGAAGCUUUUGUGUCGAAUUCACCUAAACUCUUCUGCCCAAAGGACAGAGUCCUGGAUAUUGAAGCUAUAUACAAUGUUAUCGAUGAUGCCAAACAGUUUGUAUACAUAGCUGUCAUGGACUACUUGCCGAUCGUCAUUGACACAAAUGCUAAACGAUACUGGCCAUUUCUAGAUGGGAAGAUAAGAGAAGCGUUAGUUUUACGAAGUAUUAAAGUACGACUCCUCAUAAGUUUCUCAAGAGACACAGAUCCCCUUACUUUCAACUUUGUUUCAUCUCUCAAAGCUAUCUGCACUGAAGUUCCAAGCUGUAGUUUGAAAGUUAAAUUCUUUGACCUUGAGGAAGAGAGUGCGUGCUUUCUCAAAGAUCAGAAGAACACUUCACUUCCAAAACUAAACCGUAACAAAUACAUGGUGACUGAUGGAGCUGCAUACAUUGGUAAUUUUGAUUGGGUAGGAAAUGCUUUUACGCAGAACGCUGGAGCAGGCCUCGUUAUCAACCAAGCAGACGCGGGGAACAGCACAAGCAUCAUAAAGCAACUCAAGGCUGUUUUUGAAAGAGACUGGUAUUCACAUUAUGCCAAAAGUUUACAACCAACAAAAAUGCCAAACUGCUUUAAUCACAAACUCAGUAAAGCAACAUCAAAUAAGACUGCCAUGAGCAAUGUGAACUAGAGAGACUAUUUUACUGUUUAGUAUGGCAAUGAAGAAUUAAACUGGGGUGUAGCCCUCUUUCAUAUUUACAGAUAAAAGACUUCAGCAAAAAAAAAAAAAAGUUUGGUUCGGGGGGGGAUUGUUUUUAGGAAAAAGCACACUUAUAUAAAAAUUGUCUAAAAUAUAUCUCUGUUGAUUUGGAACUUUCAAGGUUUGUUACUUCUGACACUGAAUGUCAUUUCUGCUUUCAUGUUAAUUUUUAUGUUCCUCAUUUGAACUUAACUGAAACAGAAGAAUUGACUCAUGCUGUUUUAAGAAUUUCCCUAAUUGCCAUCCAGGCUAGAACAAACCCUUGGCAGAACUGAGAUCCUGGCUAUGAAAUGGCAUUCUAAGAUCAGUUACUGUUGAUGUACAAGUAGUGGUAGGUUUACUGUAUUAGAAAAGACUGCAGAAUAAGGAUAUAUUCACCUAAAUAAUUCCCUCUAAAUAAACAUCCGGUCAUACAAGUUUUUCCUAGUUUUCAGCAUUUAGUGUGAGCAUCACUCUUGUGUAUUUUCUAUAUAGCCUUAAAUUACAUUUGAGUUCUGUAACUGGUAACUUACUCAUCUCUAAAGGGACAAGGGUUUUGAGGGAUUAAGAUUGACCCAAUCAAAUUCAUUAGAAUCCCUGGAACCUCUCAGUUAAAUCAAUCUUCAUUAAUAUAACGUGGAUUUCUUUCAACGUAACUGUUAUUUAUAAUUACAAUAGUAUAUAACAAUGUAAAUCUCUUCAGUAAAAGCAAAGAUCGAGGAUUGAUUUUUCUUGCAAUCCCAAGAAAGAAUUUUACUGAGAUAUUCAUCAAGUGCAGAUCAGCAGUUGCUUGCUGACUCAUU